GAGGGUGAGGAGAUGGAGAAUGAUGAUUCUAAGUUAGGGUUUUGGGAAGCUUUUGACAAUGUUGGUGGUGAAGGGAAGGAGUUUGGGUCGCAAGUGAAUGAUGAGAGAGCAAACAGGAGGGAGAAUAACAAGAGGUUUGACUUUGAUGGCGAGAAAAGCCAUGAUCUUUUGCAGCGGAUAACUGACGUGGAGUCAAGAUGUCCCACUACUGGUGGUAGUGAAAUUCAGGGCCUGAAAGUGGAUGUUAAUUUGAAUUUGGGGUUGGGUGAUGAGCCUUCAUCUUCAACAUCGACAGCCAUUGCUAUGGGAAGAGAGAAUUGCUUGGGUGAUACUCAGAAUAAACGACCAAAAGUUCAUUCUUUUUCUCUGGAUUGGAGCACUAGUUUCGAAAAUGAAAUUCAUUACUUUGCUCCUGUGCAUGAGGAGAUUGGUGAUGAGGUUGUGCCUGAUUCUACUAUUGCUGGGGAUGAUGCUGGAAAAAAUAGUGACUCCUUAAAAAUGGGAGACUCGUUAGAAGUUCGCAUGGAUCUUACUGAUGACUUGUUGCAUAUGGUCUUCUCUUUCUUGGAUCACGUUGAUCUUUGUCAUGCAGCAAGAGUUUGUAAACAGUGGAGGGAUGCAAGUUCUCAUGAAGAUUUCUGGCGUUAUUUGAAUUUUGAGAAUCGACCCAUCUCUGUGCAACAAUUUGAGGACAUGUGUCAACGAUAUCCAAAUGCUACUGCAGUAAAUGUUUAUGGUACUCCUGCUAUACAUCAACUCGGAAUGAAAGCAGUCUCUUCAUUAAGAAAUCUUGAGGUUUUGACUUUGGGCAAAGGCCAGUUAGGCGAAACUUUUUUCCAAGCCCUAACUGAUUGCCAUAUGUUGAGGACUUUAACAGUGAAUGACACUACAUUGGGUAAUGGCAUUCAGGAAAUACCCAUUUAUCAUGAUAGAUUGCAUGAGCUUCAGAUAGUGAAAUGCCGUGUGCUCCGUGUUUCCAUCAGGUGCCCACAGCUUGAAACCUUGUCUCUAAAGCGGAGUAGUAUGCCACACGUUGUUCUCAAUUGUCCGCUUUUGCAUGAACUUGAUAUAGCUUCUUGCCAUAAGCUUUCGGAUGCCGCAAUUCGUUCAGCAGCAACAUCAUGCCCACUCUUGGAAUCCUUGGAUAUGUCAAAUUGUUCAUGCGUUAGUGACGAGACACUACGAGAAAUAGCUAUGUCUUGUGGAAAUCUCCGUUUUCUUGAUGCUUCAUACUGCCAAAACAUCUCUCUUGAAUCCGUGAGACUGCCAAUGUUGACAGUUCUGAAGCUUCACAGUUGUGAGGGUAUUACAUCGGCUUCUAUGGCUGCUAUAGCUCAUAGUUAUAUGCUAGAGGUUCUUGAGCUUGAUAAUUGCAGUUUAUUGACAUCAGUGUCUUUGGAUCUUCAGCGCCUGAAGAACAUAAGGCUUGUACACUGCCGCAAAUUUGUUGAUUUAAAUUUAAGAAGCAGUGUGCUGUCAUCAAUUACUGUUUCCAAUUGUCCUUCUCUCCAGAGAAUCAGUAUUACAUCAAAUGCCCUUAAAAAAUUAUUUUUGCAAAAGCAAGAAAGUUUGACCAUGUUAGAGUUGCAAUGCCAUUGCUUGGAGGAAGUAGACCUUACUGAAUGUGAAUCUUUGACAAAUUCCAUUUGUGAAGUUUUCAGUAGCACCGGAGGCUGUCCUGUACUGAGAUCAUUGGUGCUUGAUAAUUGCGAGAACUUGACAGCAGUGAGCUUCUGCAGUACUUCUCUUGUUAAUCUUUCACUUGCUGGUUGUCGUGCAAUAACUUCCGUUGAUGUCACUUGCCCUUAUCUUGAGCAGAUAUCAUUAGAUGGUUGUGAUCAUCUUGAGAGAGCAACAUUUUCACCUGUUGGUCUUAGGUCCUUGAAUUUGGGAAUAUGUCCCAAAUUAAAUGUACUCCAUAUUGAAGCGCCACGCAUGGUUUCUCUUGAAUUGAAGGGAUGUGGUGUAUUAUCUGAGGCAUUCAUUGAAUGCCCGCUUCUGGCAUCUCUGGAUGCAUCUUUUUGCAGCCAACUCAAGGAUGAUUGUUUAUCAGCUACAACAUCAUCAUGCCCGCUUAUUGAAUCCUUGGUAUUAAUGUCAUGCCCCUCCAUUGGCGCUGAUGGACUUGCAUCUUUGAACUGCCUUCGAAGCUUGACCUACCUCGAUCUAUCCUACACCUUUUUGGUUAAUUUGCAGCCUGUUUAUGACUCCUGUUUUCAUUUGAAGGUUCUAAAAUUGCAAGCAUGCAAGUAUCUUUGUGAUACAUCCUUGGAGCCUCUCUACAAAGGCAAUGCUCUCCCAGUGCUCUGCGAACUGGACUUGUCCUACGGGACACUCUGCCAGUCAGCAAUAGAGGAGUUGCUUGCUUGCUGUCAACAUUUAACUCAUGUCAGCUUGAAUGGUUGUGUCAACAUGCAUGACUUGGAUUGGGGUUCUCGAAUUGAGAGGCUGUCUGCCACGAGCACUUUUCAUGGGUCGCAUGAAUCACCUUCUCUUGGAAAUGUCGUCAUGCCUCAAUUCCAAGCCAACCGGUUGUUGCAGAACCUGAACUGUGUUGGGUGUCCGAAUAUCAAGAAGGUGGUUAUUCCUCCUACAGCGAGAUGUUUCCAUUUAUCAUCAUUAAACCUUUCUCUGUCUUCGAACUUGAAGGAAGUUGACAUAUCAUGUUGCAAUUUGUUUAUUCUGAAUUUAAGCAAUUGCAACUCCUUGGAAAUAUUGACGCUCGACUGUCCAAGGUUGACCAGUCUUUUUCUUCAGUCCUGUAAUAUCAAUGAGGAAGCUAUGGAGGCAGCCAUAAUGGGAUGUAACAUGCUUGAGACGCUUGACAUUCGGUUCUGUCCAAAGAUAUCGCCAUUGAGCAUGGGAAUGAUUCGCGCAGUAUGCCCGAGUUUGAAGCGCAUCUUCAGCAGCUUAGCACCAACAUGAUGCUCAUCAAGUUGAAGCAUUGGCUGAACAAGUUGUUUGGAUUUAUAGAGAACUAGCAGCAUGUGAACCAUUUGCACCAUUCUCUUGUAUAUGGUGAAUGUGUACCGACUCUUGUUUCAAUUAUUAGUGCUUGAAAUAGGUUGUCUGAUGUAAGAAAUAUGGAAAAAUUGUUUUCACAGCAUAUCUCUUAUGCAUGUCAUUUUUAGGAAGGCCUGCUCACUACUGCCUAUAAGCUACCUGUAGGGGGUUCCGUGAGAUGGUAGGGAACGUUGGCUCUGUUGUACCAAAGCAGAAUUUAUGUGAAAUUGACCUAUUGAUAAAUUUUCUUGAUCUUGGUAUGUAGUAAGUGUAACCUUUUGAUA